CAACCAUCGGGGCUUUGCUUUCCUUAGAUCUCCGUUGAACCCGAUCUUUCGCUCCUCCCUCUUUGUAUGGACAACUAGAUCGUCCCAGACACUCUUCUGUCCUUCCUGCCUCACUUGCGACUGUUGCCGAUCACACGUCGCAGAGAAACCGGACACCAGUGACAGUCGAUUCGAUCCUCAUUAUCCCGCGACAAUGCCCAAGGUGAUCAGUUACACCCCUCCUUGGCUGUCGCGCCCUUCCCCCGGCGCUUCUCUCUUCGCCGACACGGCAUCGAAAACGACCUCGCAGAAGCCUCCCAAGGAGCUUAAUUACACCGGCCCCUUGCGCACCUUAGCUCAGAGAGACAAUGAGGUGUUUACGGUGGUCGAAAAUCAGAUCCGUUGGUCAAAUCUCACGCGAGUGAAAGACGAAUGGCAACAGAAAUCAAGGUCUGAGGAAAAGACAGAUUCAAGUCGCAAUGUCCAGUACAGGGUACUGUCAGUACCUAUCUACGAGAAAAUUCGCCAACUCAUUCCCUCCCCAGACGGCGUCUUUCUAGCGGUUGUAGCGGACCACACUGUUUACAUCGUCGUGCUGCCGGAUCCGUCGCAUCUCUCCGGGACUGACAGCAGCCCUAUCCGCGUGAAAUCCUACCAGCUUGGCCCGACGACGCAUGUGAUCCCCGAAUCGCCUGUCGUAUCCGCGCUCUGGCAUCCGCUCGGCGCAAACAGUACCUCGACUGGCUGCAUUGUGACUGUCACUGUAGAUGCAGCGGUGCGGGUCUGGGAGCUGGAUCGAAAUGACCAUUGGUCUUUCGACCGUCCGUCUCUGGCAAUCGACUUGAGAAAGCUGGUGGACGGAACUUCGUCAGACCAGGAUUUCUCACCCUCGGGGUUUGGGAAGAACAAGGGGUUUUCCGCCGACUACGUUGAUAUGGAAGUGGCAUCUGCCUGCUUUGGUGGUAGCGGCAGCGAGAAGGAAGAUGCUUGGGCGCCGAUGACUUUGUGGGUUGCAAUGAAACCUGGGGACCUUUACGCCCUAUGCCCUUUGCUUCCGGCUAAGUGGAGAGCGCCUGCCACCACUGUUCCUUCUCUGUCCGCAGCUAUCAUCCCGAAACUGGCAUCAUCGCAAGAGGAUCCGUCUGAGGCCGAGGACGACCUUGUCGCAUGUCAGCAACAGUACGACUGGCUGGCGGAAAUCGAUAACCAGGACCCGCUGUACGUGCUGGCCGAUCCCGAGACUGGGUCCUCGUCAGAAAUCCUCACUCGCCCCGCCAGUCCCAGCGCGAUUCCCAGGUUGCAAGGACCGUUCCGUAUAGACACCGGCGAUGAGGUUGAAGACCUGGACCUCUGCGAUAUCCUUGUCACUGCGUCGAAAAUCGACACUGAUGCCCUGAUGCUGGGUGAAGACAUUGACCUUGCGACGGAUGACAAUGGAGAUGACCAGCUGUCUGCCACCAUCAUCUGUCUAUCUACUGGAAGUGGGCGAAUCCAUAUUUGUCUUGAACUCGACGGUGUGGAAGGACAGUGGCUCCCAAGAGCCAAGAAAAACGCUUUCAGCACCCCAACCUCCGAACCAUCCGAUUUGCUCCUGGUGGAAUCAUUGGACACCGUCAAGGGAGAACAGCAAUCGUUGAAUAACUGGACCACGUUCACGAGGGACGUCCAUUCGCGGUACAACUUCUUUGUCACCAACGAAAAGAAUGUUGUUUUCCUUUCCCUCUCUUCCUGGGUGCAGAGGUUGGAAGCAGAGCUCGCAUCCGAGGACACGUCGGGCUCAGCAUUCCGCCUCGAGGUUCUCUGUGAAGGCACGGUAUCAUUACGGGAGCAGAUCCUCGAACUCGACGAGGUCGACGGCAGCGCCAAAGACCAAGCAAACCACUUCCCGUCUUCGCUCGUAUAUUAUGAUUACGAUCUUGGAUACUUGCUGCUUACAUACCACACAUCCCAUCCGUAUGCUGCUGUCAUGGAUGCUCCAGCGGUUUCCUUCCCGUCAGUGGAGGAUCGACGACAGUUCGAUCUGAAAGACCAGGCCCCUUGGUCUCCAGUUUUGCCGCCUCGACGACCUCCUUACCAGGUGCCCGCUGUUUUCUACUCGGAGCCUCCGUUGGAGUUCUUCGUCGAUAAGCAUGUUCCUCACCGCGAGCGAGCUCAUCUAAAAGAACAGGUUCGCUUAUCUCCAGCGACCCUGGACAUCGUGGCUGCUGCCCAUCGAAUUCUCUCCGCCCAUACGAAUGCCCUCGAGAGAGCGGCAUCAGAUCUGUUCCGCCGCUGCGAACGACUGCAGGAAGAGAUGCAAGACCAGCUGAAGCAAUUUUCCGACGUUGCAGAGCGGAUCAAGAGCGUCUCAAGUGACGGCGCUGAUGAACGUAACGGAGAGUCUCGUAAUGAAGCCCUCGAUAAGCGAAUGCAGGCCGCGAAAGACCGCCAGACACAGCUUGUUAAGCGAUACGAAGAUCUACGCACCCGAGUUCUCCGGUCAGGCGGUCGCCCGCUCAGCGAGAAGGAGAAAUCGUGGGUCUCCGAAGUCAAGACGCUUUCCGAAUCCUUUGAGAAGACUCAGCCCGAGAGCCAGGAAACUGGCCAGCAACUAUCCCAACGAAUCGAUGCUGUUAAGGAUCUUGCAGGCGAUCUACUGGCUGAUGCCAAGUCCAUUGCAGCCAAGGCUCCGGUGCCUGCGGACCCUGGAAGCCCAGCAUCUCCGGGUGGCUCGCAGCCGAGAGUUCCGCAGAGGCUUCAGCGCGCCAAGGUGGCCGAUGCCAUGCAGAUGGUGGAACGAGAAUCUGCUGUGAUUGACGCAAUCACAUCGCGAUUGGAACGAUUGAACGCCAGUGUCUAGUGCUACUUAAAUUAGAAUUGGAUGUACUUAUAAGCUUUAUGAGAAUUCAAGGGCCUCGAAAGAGAUCUUGAGUUUAUGAUUUAC